AUGGCGCGUAUUUCUGUCCCCACCACUGCCCGCCUCCCUUCGACCCUGCGCAUCGACUCCUCCAGCUCUACUGUCCUCAAGCAUCUCAACCGUCUGACCCGCCCGUCCCUUCUUGCACUCGUGCUCGACUGGCUCGACGACAACAAUGCCUCCAUCUGUGCGCCCUAUCUCCGCGACCCCGAGGCCGACAAUGACGAUGAUGACCCUGCCGACCUCUAUCCGCCGCUGUCCACCGUCGAGGAGCUCCGCGAGCUUUACUCAGACAUGCAGGCCCGCAAAGGUUCUAAGCGCGAAGUCGUCGAUCGCAUAGUAGAAGGGGACUGGCGCCACGGCCUGACUCUCUAUCAAAUCUCAAUGGCGGACUUGCAACAUCUUUACCAAAAUCCAACCUCCCAGAAAUGGAGCGCAUACCACAUCAUGCCCCUCAAGAUACCCACGCCGCAACAGGCUGCAGAGGACGACGAGCCCCUCAAGAUCGACUCCUCGUCCUUGGAAGUACCGCGCUUCCACCCUUCUACGUUCCUGCAGAACCUCCAGGCCCAGGUUCUACCCGACGUAAAGGCGCAUUACAGUUUUGACCGCCCUAAGGACAUGGCCUUGCUGCUGUUGCGCAUUCUCAUCCUCGACUCCCCAUACAACACCAAGCUCGCAACAUCAGCAGCCGAUGGUGACGCCAGCCGCACUAUCUACGUGGCCUUCCCCGACGGGAGCCCAUACGUUUACAUCAGCAAACCACAGACUAUCGGUCCGGCUGCUAGUGGUGAUACAAAGAGUCUAUACGCCCUCGUCAUCGAGGGCGUACCCAAGGCCUUGUCACGACCAAGGCAGAGAUAUACACUGAAGCCCACUGCAUUGAACACGAGACACAUCCAAGAGCUGUUGCACAGACGGGGAGCAGGCAGGACGAACUCAACUGGUGGUGGUUGGAGUAUCUAUGCGGAUGAAAAGAAGAAAGAGUCGCCCUUGGGAACAGUGCUCCCCUCGCCACCGCUCAGUGAGGCGGACGACAGUCGCUCCACGAAUAACUCUGGCCAGGAGAAACCGUCCAGAAAACGAGCGGUCUCGCCCGAUACGGCACGGGAUGAGCGCAGGUUGAAACGCGCGAGGCUGGUUGCUCAAGCCAGGUUUGGUGAUUCGGCAAGAAUCGACGACGGCAAAGGCGUAGAAAGGGUCGACAUUGUGAUCGACGAUCCGUUCCAUACGAGAAUGGACCCUAUGCACGAUGAUGGGGAGGCCCCUGAAAGAGCGCCGGAUUCUCCACAAAACCGGCCUGUCCGCAGGAGUAUCAUGGACACGGCGUUUGAUCGGGCUCGUGAGCCGGACGAUGAAGGCGGAGGCGGAGGCGACCAUGUAGAUGAUGACGAAGCGUGGCGUCCAAGUGUCAAGCUGACUUUUCACGGACCACACGUGUUCGCUGGUAUACGACAGCUGGUCGAGGCUGGCAUCAUCGACGGGGAAAGGAUGCCGGGCUGGCUGACGGGAGAAGAGGGCGUGACCAUUGGUGCCGUACGGCAUGGCAGGAUCAGAGGCUACAAAGGCUCUGGGAUUUGA